UCUCACUCACAGACACACACACUCUCAGUUUCUCCAAUUAUCUUUCCCAUUAAAAUAAUAAUGUGAACUUUCAGAAAAAUAAAUUCAAAAGGUCUUUGCGCGUAACUCCUUUUCUCACUGAUUGAUUGAUUGGUUGAUAAAAAUUAGGGCUUUUUUUUCUUUUCUUGCUGUUGUUGUUCUGUUGAUGGCGACGACGGCGAUUGAGUCGGCGGUUCUCGAUGAUAUAAUCCGGCGCCUCACGGAGGUCCGGUUAGCUAGACCGGGGAAGCAAGUCCAGCUCUCGGAAGCCGAGAUCAAACAGCUUUGCAGUACCGCCAGAGACAUCUGCCUUCAGCAACCCAAUUUGCUGGAGCUCGAGGCGCCCAUCAAAAUCUGCGGUGACAUACAUGGGCAAUACAGUGAUUUGCUGAGGCUGUUUGAGUACGGUGGCUUCCCUCCUAACGCCAACUAUCUCUUCCUCGGAGACUACGUGGACCGAGGCAAACAGAGUCUCGAAACCAUAUGUCUCUUACUAGCUUACAAGAUCAAAUACCCAGGCAACUUUUUUCUACUCAGAGGAAACCACGAGUGUGCUUCUAUCAACCGUAUAUACGGAUUCUACGACGAGUGCAAAAGGAGGUUUAACGUGAGGGUGUGGAAGGUUUUCACAGACUGUUUCAAUUGUCUCCCCGUUGCUGCGCUUAUAGACGACAAGAUACUGUGUAUGCACGGUGGGCUUUCUCCGGAGCUUAACCAUUUGGAUGAGGUUAGAAGCUUGCCACGUCCGACUAUGAUUCCUGACACUGGUCUGCUCUGUGAUUUGCUCUGGUCUGAUCCUGGGACAGAUGUUAAGGGAUGGGGGAUGAAUGAUAGAGGCGUUUCGUACACGUUUGGUCCGGACAAAGUCUCUGAGUUUCUGGAGAAACAUGAUUUGGAUCUUGUGUGCCGUGCUCAUCAGGUUGUGGAAGAUGGCUAUGAGUUCUUUGCGGAUAGACAGCUCGUGACGGUGUUCUCAGCUCCUAACUACUGUGGGGAGUUUGAUAAUGCUGGUGCGAUGAUGAGCGUGGAUGAGAACCUUAUGUGCUCGUUUCAGGUUUUGAAGCCUGCGGAGAAGAAGUCUAAUAAGUUCAUGAUGUCUACAAAGAUUUGAUCCUUUCAUUUGAGAUGGAUGUGGUCUUGAUGAGAGAAAUUGAUUCAAAAGGUUGGAAGAUUUGGCUUUAAAGUGUGUGCUUAUGGUGGUGACUAGUGAGAACUCUCUUGGAAAUGGGGGCAAAACCAUAGUCUUCUCUACUUCCCAACUUCACUUUCUGCAUUUUUUUUUUUUGUUUCUAUCUUCUUUGUAAGGGGUUUUUACAUGAUUUUCAUUUGCCUGUUGAAAGCACAUAAUUGGUGUGUACAUGCAUAUGAUCGUCUCUUGCGUCCUAGGACACCAAUGAAAUGAUGAUUACAUAAAAAGAAGAGUUUAGUAAGA